AUGAACCGUGGUGGGCGGGUGGAGCCUACUCCGCCCGAGUGUGCGCUCGCCGCCGAAAUGUUUGACCACUUCUGUUCGGCGGGUACUAUGAAACAAAUCUUAGCUCUUCAUCGGGAAAUUUGUAAUACGCUCAACUUAAAACCCAACAGAUUACCAGAUUUUUAUCCAAAAUUAAAGGCCAAGUUAAUCAGCUCCUGGAAAGCACAAGCUCUCUUUAAGAAAUUUGAUGCUCGCGCCAAUCAUAAAGUAUAUGGAAAGGGACGCGCUUGUACACAAAAUAAAGUGCUCAUUAUAGGCGCUGGACCCUGUGGAGUGCGUGCUGCUAUUGAAUGUCAACUUCUUGGUGCCAAAGUGGUAGUAAUUGAAAAACGUGAUCGAAUGUCCCGUAAUAAUGUGUUACAUUUAUGGCCUUUUGUAAUCCAUGACUUACGAGCGUUGGGUGCUAAAAAAUUUUUUGGAAAAUUUUGUGCUGGAUCUAUAGACCACAUUAGUAUACGGCAGUUGCAAUGCAUUCUUUUAAAGGUAGCGCUGUUACUGGGUGUAGAAUUUCAUGAAGGAGUUAGUUUUGAAGAACUACUGGAACCAACAAUUACAGAAAAUUCUGAAACUUUAGGAUGGCGUGCGCGUGUGAUCCCCUCGGACCAUCCGGUAGCACAGUACGAAUUUGACGCGUUGAUCGGGGCCGAUGGUAAACGUAACACUCUACAAGGUUUCAAACGCAAAGAGUUCCGCGGGAAACUCGCCAUGGCGAUCACGGCCAAUUUUAUCAACCGGCACACGGAGCAAGAAGCGUCGGUGCCGGAAAUUAGUGGAGUGGCUUUUAUAUUUAACCAGAAAUUCUUUAAGGAAUUGUACGAAGUUACUGGAAUAGAUCUCGAAAAUAUUGUUUAUUAUAAAGACGAUACGCACUAUUUUGUAAUGACUGCUAAGAAGCACAGUCUUUUGGAUAAAGGCGUUUUAUUAAAUGAUUUUGCCGAAGUUUCUAGACUUCUUAGCGUUGAAAACGUAGAUCGUGCAGCAUUAAUGCGAUAUGCCCAAGAGGCGGCCAGAUUUUCAACGGACGGACGUUUACCACUUCGGGAUUUUGCACUAAAUCAUUAUGGUGAACCCGACGUUGCGCUAUUCGACUUUACAUCCAUGUACGCAGCAGAAAAUGCCAGUAUGGUGUACGAGCGUCACGGGCGUCGGUUACUGUGCCAGCUUGUGGGGGACAGUCUGCUUGAGCCGUUCUGGCCGACAGGGUCGGGGUGUGCUCGUGGGUUCCUCUCCGCCCUGGACGCAGCGUGGGCGGUGCGCGCGUGGGGCAAUGCACCCACCCCACACCCACUGGAAGUUAUAGCUGAGAGAGAAUCUAUUUAUAGACUUUUGGCGCAAACAACCCCGGAGAACCUUCACCGUGACUUCGGCGCGUACACGUUAGACCCGGGCACGCGCUACCCCAACCUGAACCGCGCUGCCGUCACGCCACACCGCGUCACUGCCUUCUACGACUCUGACGAGCCCUUCCCACUGGAUGCCGCGCCACAGCCGAAGAAGAGACGCAGAGAGCCUGAAAUAUCGGAGGAGGCCCUUAUAGCAUGGGUGGGGCACGUAGAGCCGGGACUGAGGGCCGCGACAGGGCCGGCCGCCCUCUCCGACCUGCUCAAGCGUUACAGACCGGACUUGUUGCCACCCGAGUCCUCGCCUAGAGCCGUCUACAACAUUCUGCAGCAAGAAUUCGGUAUAGCACCGAUUGCAACAAAUGGGCCCACCCGCGAUAUUCCAGAGGCAAAAUUACGAUCAUAUCUUCUGCGUGUAUAUUAUGCUUUUAAAGGUGAAGUUCCUCAUGUCUAUCAUAAAUCGGACAUGUUCGAUCAGAUUAAGCAAAGUCAGCAAACUGAAAAGAAUAUACGAAACAUAACUGACCAUUCUGUUUCUGUUUAUUCAAACGCUGCGGAUACUGACAAAUCUCAUUCGAGCCACAGGAAAAAGCGUCGCUCCGUGCGUACACAACAAGUAAGUAAUGAUCCUGCGGAAUUUAUACGGAAAGAAAUUGGAAAAUUAGAUCUUAACGAUAUUACACAAUUAGCUCGCCUCAUCGAAGGUCAUGAUGCGAUUUCCAAUGACGAACAACAUACAGAUAAGCAACGCGAAUUGCAAGAACAAAUAAUUACUUUAUUAGAUCCCGAAGAAUCCCCAGACCCCGCUAUAAUACGAGAUUCUUUAGCUCAACUUUUGCAAGGUACAUCAAAAACAAAAAUAAAAGCAAAAGAAGCCAUGAAAGAUCAAGCAAAUCUCGCACAUUUCUUUCAAGGAGGUAAUACAGAAAAAAAGUCUAUAAAUCCGCCUCGUAAAUUAAAAGGUUUGGAUGCAGACACAAUAAAACUACCCGAUUUCUCAGAUAUAUUCGACAAUUCUGAGGACACAGAUGCUACUUUGGUAGCAAAGAUUACAAAGAAAAAAGUAAAAUUAAAAUCUCCUUCAAUAAGUAUCAGUAAACAGGACAAAUUCACUCGUUCUUCUUCGACGGAGACACCGGCUCAUCAAACUAGAAGAUUGUCUGAAGUAAUAGAUAAAGAACGAAAAAGGUUCUCACAAAGCCCUGAAGUAGCGCCUUAUGGUCGAUCGAAUUCAGUUGGAUCAUCAGAAAUGGCAUACAACACUAAACGUAUCGCGCAAUUGUUCGAAGGCCACAAACGCCACACACCGAGCCCUGAAUCAGUUUCAGUUCGCACAAGAUUAGCAGACAAUCCAGAAAUGGCAUCUCGUUGGCAACGAAUGGCUGAUAUAAUUGAAGGAAAACGACGUGACACUCCUAGUCCCGAUCGUUCGAAGCGACGUGAUUCCAUUGGGAAUCCCGAACUAGCUCUACGCAGGCAGCGCGUAUCAGAUUUGAUCAAAGGUGUGCCUAAGCAGCGUCGAAGCCCUGAACAUUCAACGCAGAGGAGGAAUUCUGGUGAAAUGGCAUUUAGAAUGCAAAGGGUAUCUGAUAUGAUGAAGAAAAAAAGUGCCGAGGCCAAGAGACCGAAAACAUACGGCAAACGGAAGGCAGCACGUGAAAUUAUGAAGCAACGUUUUGAGAAGAGUUUACAGAUGCUUGCUGCAGAAACGCGGCUCGAUUUUACGCCCUCAGCUGAUUUGGAAAAUGAUUACGGCUUGCAACAGUACCGAGCCAGCGCGCCGCAAUUCGACGAGCGAGUUAAAAAAUUGGAGCGGAAGUUGCAACACUACGAGGAGGGCAGAUUGGUUGGUGGUGGUGGACGCAACGUGGGUGGCGGAGCUCGCGUGGCUCGCCUUGCCGCCGAACUAUCCAACACAACCACUCCCUCGGCAGUACCUCGCGCUUCCAAACCGAAAGAUCUCAUGAGAUCUGUAGGCAAAAUUGAACGAGACGAUUGGAAUGUUAAGGAAAUCGAACGAAAGAUAUUGGAAAAUAAACUCGGCCGACCUGAGCCUAAAACUGCGGAGAAGGUACCCAAGUGGGACCGAGAGCAAUUCUUGGGUCGUCAACGCCGACUCAAGGAAGGCGAUUCCAACGAAGAAAAAUGGGGGGAAAUUGACGAAACUCUGCACAAACUUGAUCAAAAGCUCAGAGAUUCUGGGAGACCGGAUCACGGAACUAAAAAAGUAGCUAACUUGGCCACGAAAUUUGUUAAAAAAGAAGAACCAACCGAGGAAGUUUACAAAGUGGCACCUAAAGAGGAGCUAAAAAAGCAAUGGCGUGGCCCGUCAUCAGCGGGCAUGCAAUGCGCGGCUUGCGGCACGCGCGUGUUCGCAGCAGAGGGCGUCACGGCCGACGGCCUGCAUCUACACCGCGCCUGCUUCCGCUGCGCUGUCUGCAAAGCUGUACUGAGACCAGGAAGCUACACAAUGGAGCGCUACGGCAGCAGGCUAGUCUGCCUCCGUCACUCGGGCGUGAGCGUGCCCGACGCGAUAGUAACGAGUUCUCUGACCACACCGUCCACGACCCGCACCGACGCGCCUACACCCACGCCAGAACGAAUCAGUCUAGAACUUUCCGAUGGUGGAGCACGAGAAAUCGACGAAGAUGAAUGGACCGACAGGAACUUCCUUGCUUCCGAAACCUCGGGAGCUGGAGGUCUUAGUGACGAAGAAGAAUCCAGUUCCGACGAGUACACAGAUGCGGGCGACAGUGACAACGAAGCGGAGCAGUCACCAGAGCCCGUGCUCAGUGAGCCGCGUCCACCGCACUCUCACCUCUACUUCUCGGACGAUUCCUUUGGCUAUGAUGAUUAUUCAGAUGAUGGUGCUGAAUCUUCUGGCAACGAAUCGUGUUCGCGCAUGCGGGCUGCGCGCGAGGCGCGGCGGCGCGAGGUGCCAGCCGAGGCGCGGCCACCCACUGACAGCAGCGAGGUGGAGUCAGAGGAAGAGAGUGAAAGCAGCGAUGAGGAAGUAUCUUCAGCUACUGAAGUAUCGACAGACAGCGAGUUUGCACGGGAGGAAUGCACUCCAGCUUGCCCUACCUCCCCUCCCGCCAUAUUAGUGACGGAGGCCACUCCGCCCGCACCUGCCGCGCAUCCCGCACCCCCCGCGCCCCCGGAAUAUCCCUUAAACAGGACACGUUCUGCCGGCGGCCUCGCCACCAAACGAGCUCUAGAACUAAAAAGAAAGUACCUCCUUGGUGAACCAUCUCCACCAACGAUAGCAGAAGAAACAAAAAUUCAGCCUAUGCCAGAUAUAAUUAAAAAUCUGUGUAGUGUCGCACCUGUAGACUUGCUAACUAAAGGCGAUUCGCCACUGUGCAAAAGUGAUUGGCGAGAACCUAUUAAAGAAGAAAAGAAAGAGCCAGAAAUUGAAUCAGACUCGCUUACGGAAGAAGACUCGUCGCAUACUGAAACGAUUCCAAAUCAAUUUGUUCCUAGAGUCGAAGUUCACGAUGAAGGUGGUGAACUGAUACAAUUAGAUAGCUUAAUGAUUAUAAAUAAUAGCGUCGAUGACAAUGAUGAAAAAGCCUCAGGAACGGCUACAACUACGGGUCCCACCAUAGUCGCAGCGGACUCGGAAUCGUCUGAAUCCUGUAGGGAUGCGACCACUUUAGCUUUAACUGAAACAGAGCUCUCAGAUUGGGCAGCUGAAAGUGCUGUUCUAGACGAUUGUGGCUUUGAUGAAAAGGAAGAUAGAAAGAGAAGCAAAAAUCCCAGAAGUCUUAGUGGACCUAAACUAGUGCAUGAAACGAAAAAUAUAUCUGCUAUUGCUUCACAUGUCUGCGGCAGGACUAGUCCAGAUCCUAUUGUUUUUUCAAAUGCCUUAGAACACUUUGAAUUUGCUGAUGAAGGUGAUCAAGACCCGUUUAUAGAAACUCCUACCACUCCUCGUAACGAGGGCUAUAUGGAGCUAAUUGAUGAUGAAUAUGAUCCUUAUUUCCCUGCUAAUGAUAGAUCUAUGAAUUUUAUAGAAAGAAGUUUUUCAGAAACCACAAUUAAGCCUAAUGAUAUUAUCGUCCCUGUUGAAGAUGACAAACCAAGUGAUUUUGAUGACGUAAUAAAAUUUAUAGACGAUCAAGAUUCUAAAACUGAAAGUAUACCAAAAUGUGAUAGUGCAAAAUCUUUAUCACAUGCCGAAAUGGCACAAAAUGACGCCUUUGAUAAAUCAAAUACUAGUAGUGACAAAAAAGAAGAUUCUUUGAUUCGAGUUUCUGAGCUAAGCAGUGUGGACAACGAUACCAACAUAGAUCUCAAAAGAGAAUCGACGAGUAUAUCCGAUACAUCCCCACCAUUAGAAGAUGACAGUACAAGUAAAAUUGACAAAAACGAUGAUGACAAAUUAGAAAAUGAUACGUCUUUAGAAGAUAUUUCACCACCUCUAGCAUCAGAAAAAUCGAAACCACAAAGUAGUGAACGUUUAACUUACAAUAAUUUAAGUAAACCUGUGACAUUUACAAGUCCUUCCAGUAUUAGACUAUAUGCACCAGCCAUAUGUAGGUCUGCGAGUGAAACUUUUAGUAGAACAAACAUUAGGCGGCCUAAUUCUCCACCGCGAAACAUAGACUGGAGCACGUCCUAUCAUUUAAGUUCAGAUUCCGUAUCCACUUCGAGUCCUAAUUCUAAACAUGAAUCCAUAGAUGAUAAAGUGCAGGAAAUAAAAAAGGAACGAGAGGAACAAACCGAAGUGGUGCGGCGUUUAGUUUUGGAGAGAUUAGGUAGUACCGGCCAGCGGGCGAAUAAAAAGAGUACACGAAGGAAUAGAGCGUCGCCUUUGAGCGUGAUGCCUCCGCCCGUGCCGCCGCCGCCGGUGCUGGGCGAGCCCGCGCCGCUGCCGCCGCCCCCGCCGCGCCCCGCCCCACCCGCGCCCCCGCUCAUGUCUCUGCCACCCGUCACUCCAUCCUUCUCCGACCCGGACCUCACACACGAGCGCAGGCGCACAGGUAUUAUGAAGAGCAUUUCGAAUUAUUUAAACAGACGUCUGGGACCUCGACAUAAGUGUGUCUCGGAGCCGGACCUGACGACGCACGAGCCGCACCAAAGCCGUCACCGCGAAGCCCAUAAGUCGACGGGUACUCUGAACGCGCCGCCGGUCCCGCCGCCCCCUGUCUGCUACACUCCACCAGAUAUACACCAAUCGCCGGGAGCAAGACCAGCGGAGCAGCAAGCGGCGACGGUGGCCGAAUUAGUUCAAGUGUCUGCGCAACGCCACGCCCAUCUCGCUUUAAUGGCGGCAGACAGAAGACGAAAUGCUGCUAGCGGCGGAGUUGGCGGC